AAAAAGGAAAAAUAAGACUCCUAUUAAACUUAAACUUAAGCCUAUUACCCAAGUGAACAGGCCGGCUCCUCUAAUCGUUGAAACGGUUGAAAAGCAGUAUCCCGAAUUAUCUAUAGUGGAAUUCCUUGCCCGGUGA